AUCGCCAGCUGAAAAGAGACCCAGCCGAAGCGGCUGUGGAGACUUGUUCGGCUGGCGUUCUGGGGGGAGUUGUAUCGAGGUCGUUUUUCUUCUCUUCAGUCGUUUUGUUUUCACCAAAGAUGUAUAUUUACCUGGCAGGGAAUUUCGUGGUGUUGAAAAGAUGCCCACUCGGAGAGAGCUGUGUGUGUGCGCCUUUAGAAUGACCUGCAUUGCUAGAAAUAAUAAGUAAAUCUGGGCUCCAGAUCCUUGCCUACUCGAUUCUAAAUGAGAAGCAGGCAGGAAACUAAACGAUGAGCCCAUGUAUCGUUUUCUUAUCAUCUCCUGUAUUUCCAGCUACUAUUCCCAGCAUACCAGAGCGCAAAGGCGACGGGAAUUGUGCGCUGCCACGCAAUCACCGCUGAAAUAUCAAGAUCCUCAGCAUCGCACCCGCUAUCCGCUGACGUCCACAGAGUACAGAGUGGGACUACGCAUUUGAGUGGGAGCAUAUUUACUUAUAGCCUGCGUAAGGUGUCUCGCUUCUGCAAGGAAGACGGAUUUUUCAUUGUUGGAGCUCACAGUGGGCGGAGAACGAAAGUCUCUAUAAUGUUUCUAUACUAUGGAUCACGUCCGCUGAAUUGACACGGAGGACUCCCAACACCUGAUCGGCGCGGCAGCUGCACUCGGUCCUCCUGUACGAGCCCGUCUUGGCGGAUCAGGAAGAGAACAGGCAGCAGGGGCUGGCGUGGAGACGGCGUGCGAGUGAGAUAGUGUGAAAGCACACAUCAAGUUUUUAACUAUAAAGUUCAGGCCGGCGCUGCGGAGGGGAUGGCGUUGCGCGCUGGCGGUCUGAUCGUGUUCCGGCGAUUGGCUCAGGCUGUGCCGGACACCAUCCAGUUCCUGCUGCUCCAGACCUCGUACGGGGAGCACCACUGGACGCCUCCCAAAGGCCACGUGGACCCCGGAGAAGACGACAUGACCGCGGCCCUGCGGGAGACGGAGGAGGAGGCGGGCCUGGGCCCGGCCCAGCUCCGGCUGGUGGACGGGUACCGGAGGGAGCUGCGCUACGAGGUGCGGGGGCGGGCCAAGACGGUGGUGUACUGGCUGGCGGAGCUGCGGGACCCUGGCGCCGCCGUGCGGCUCUCGCGGGAGCACCAGGAUUACCGCUGGCUGGGUCUGGAGCAGGCCUGCCGGCUGGCGGGGCACACCGACAUGCAGGACGCCCUGAGGGCCGCUCAUCACUUCCUCAGCACUGCCGCACAGCAGUGACGCACGCUGACGCACACUGUCACACGCUUCUGCAGCACUGACGCACACUGUCACACACUACUGCAGCACUUACGCACACUGUCACACACUUCUGCAGCAAUGACGCACACUGUCUGACACCGACACACAUCACUGAUCCACUGGCACACACUGACUCACACUGGAACACUUUCACACUGUUGCAGACCAACACACAGCACUAACGCAUUGACUCCCACUGACACACAGCACUGAUGCACUGUUGCACACUGUGACACAUACUGGCAAACACUUUCACACUGUUGCAUACUAACACACAGCACUAACGCAUUGACUCCCACUGACACACGGCACUAACGCAUCGACUCCCGCUGACGGACGCACACUGACAAACGAAUGCACUGGCACACAUCGACGCACAGCACUAACUCACUGCCUCACACCGACACACUGAGGAGCACUGAUGUUCACAAAUACAGAGAUCUCACACAGUAGCAAGACAGAUACUCAGCACUGAUUCUCACACAUGUGGGGGUCAAGGUACAGCUCAGAGAUGUGCUGCUUUUUAUUGUUUUUUGUUUCUAAAAUAGUUACUUGAUCUGUAUUUAGCAAUCAUAGCGAUAUUUCUCUGUAUUCUUCCACAGUGAAAAUGAGAGAUAAUAUAACCAAUAAAGGCAGCUCCCUGCCCAUGGGUCUUUACUCAGAUCAUUAA